AUGGUUGAGAGUCAGGAAAGUAGUGAUAACCAUGUUGUCAAUGUUGAAGAAGGCAAACCUGGUUCCGUGAAAACCCAUCAAAAACCAAGUAAUAGCUUUCUCUCUGUGUUCUUAAUGCAGAAGGUCAUUGCCGAGGUGUUGGGAACAUACUUCUUAAUAUUUGCUGGUUGUGGGUCUGUGAUCGUGAAUUUGAGCACAGACAAGCUGGUGUCUUUUCCGGGUAUUGCAAUUACUUGGGGACUGACGGUGAUGGUUAUGGUUUACUCUGUUGAUCACAUCUCUGGUGCUCAUUUUAAUCCUGCAGUCACUGUUGCUUUUGCUAUUACUAAAAGGUUUCCAUGGAAAGAGGUUGGUCCCUAUAUUGUUGCUCAAGUCCUUGGAUCAACGCUCGCAAGUGGUACCCUUAGGCUUUUAUUCCAACACCGUCAAGACCACUUUGCAGGAACAAGUCCCAGUGGAUCUGAUCUGCAGGCUUUCGUGCUUGAGUUCAUCAUCACAUUUUACCUCAUGUUUGUUGUUUCUGGUGUGGCCACUGAUAACAGAGCGGUUGGAGAGCUUGCUGGACUUGCAGUCGGCUUCACGGUUCUUCUGAAUGUGAUGUUUGCAGGGUAUAAUUUCACUUUUAUUUUCUAA